AUGAACACUUCAAAUAACAAUAAAGUUAAUACACUCGAUUUACCUAAUGAAAUAUUAUUAUUCAUAUUCAAUAAAUUGAAGACGAUCGAUGUUCUCUAUUCACUUGUGGAUGUUAAUGAACGAUUUAAUCGAUUAAUAUUUAAUUCACUUCAUAUUCGAAAUCUUGAUAUGACGAAUAUGGUUAUGAAAUCAUAUUUUAAUCGUAACUUUUCAAUGGAUAAGAAUGUUAUUUUGAGAAUAUCUGAAAAAAUUUUACCACGAAUUUCUCAUCAAUUAAAUGAACUUAUUGUUGAACGAUAUUCAAUAGAAUAUAUUCUUUUUCCUUUUAAUUAUCCACAACUUUAUUCAUUAUCACUUAUUAAUUUUCAAGAAAAAAUACUUUUUCAAUAUUUAACAAGUGAUUCUCUUCUUCAUAAUCUUCUUACUCAACAAAUUACAGAUCUUAAUGUUGAUAUUUCAUAUAACUCAAAAUCAGAAGUAUCUAAAACUCUAUCAAAUAUAUUUACAUUGAUUUUAUCUAUAAUUUCAUUUUAUAAAUUAUCAUCAAUAAGUUGUGUAUCAUCAACUUUAACAAAAUUAAAUAUUAAUGUUGAAAGAUUUGAUGAUUGUCUUUAUCUUCUUCAACAUCUCAAAUCUUUAUUAAUAUUGAUUAUUGAUGUUAAAAAAAUUAUGAUUCGUGGUAGAAAUAAUAAUAAUAACGAAAAACUUCCUAAAUUGAAAUAUUUUUCAUUGACUUCAAUAAUGUUUACAGAUCACUAUGAUGAUCAAAUAAUUCCGUUACUUCGUCGAAUGAUAAAUCUUAAAGAAUUAACAUUAUUCUUGGCAAUAUCUAAAAGUUAUUCAACUUAUAUUGAUGAGUUAUGUGUUAUUAAUUGUAUACCACAAAAAAAUAAACAAUAUUUACCGAUAUUAAUUAUAUUUCCUCAUCUUAUUCUUCUCGAUUUGUAUAAAAUACAUGUUGAUUAUGCAGAACAACUUCUUUUUGAUAAAAAUAUUCAUCUACCUUGUUUAUUAGAUCUUUGUAUCAAAUAUAAGUUACUCGAAAUUAUAACAAAUAAUUUUACUAAUAAUCCAAUACGUGAUUAUUGUGCUAAAAUAAAAAAACUUCAUAUAGAUAAAUUUAUACCACCAAAAAAUUUUCAUGAAUAUUUUCCUUUAUUGUAA